AAAUCUGUUCUAAUUGCAAAUUUCGAUUGUGCUGUUCUCUCGGGAGCGCGGGUAACUCUGUAAUACGCAGUGUGUAAUCUAAAGUGGACUGACUACUCAUAAACAUUAUGUCGCUUAAAGUAAUAGCAGUAAUCUUGGUGUUCACAAUUAUCAGUCAGUGUUAUGCAUCGCCAACGCCCGUGGCUGCCCCAGGAUAUGGUAGAGGUUACGGUGGCGGAUUUGGAGGUGGUUAUGGUGGCGGAUUUGGAGGUGGUUUUGGGGGUGGUUAUGGAGGAGGAUAUGGAGGUCCUCCUCCAUAUCCUCCUCCAUACGGAGGAUACAGACCACCUAGGUUUUACAGGCCAUCUUAUGGAGGUUACGGAAGAGGCGGCGGUGGUUUUGUAGGUGGCGGUAUUCUUGUUAUUGGGGGAUUUGGAGGAGGAUUUGGAAAAUAGAGCUGUGUAGAGUUAUGUGUAAAAAUAAAAAGUAUA